AUGCCUGGACCACUAAUAAGAGGACGAACAAAGACCCAUCAUGGCUUGGCUGUAGCUGACACUCAGGUAGUUGUGAAAUCUGCUGGGUAUCGGGAAGAUGAUCCAGACGUUACAAAAUUUUUUAUGGUCGUUACCGAUGGUGAACAGACAAUACAUUCGCGUCGUAGUGGAUACAAAUACGUCAGAGAAGCAAUGCAGCCAUUCUUUAAACGUAGAAAUUUAAAUAUCUUUGCUGUGGGCAUCGGCUUAGAAGAGAAUUCUCGAGGUUAUAGACAAGUUAAAGAUAUGGUGAAAGAUGAAGAGAACGCCUUCUUUCCAAAAAAUUUUAAAGACUUAAAUAAAAUAACCAUGGAAUUGAUCAACAAGCUGUUUAAUGUUUCUUUCAUAUGUGCUUCUCAAAAAGACGACUGCCAUCCUUCUUUUGCCAAAUGCACAGACACAUCUCCUGGGAAAUAUACCUGUAAAUGUAUUGUUGGCUACACUGGAGAUGGUAAACAGUGUAUUCGAAAGAACCUCCAACCGAUGGGAGACGGGAAGUUUUACGAAGAAUUCAUGCAAAUUCCUUCAAAAGAAGCUUCUGCCAAUCAUUUACUCACGAAUUUCCUUCAUGUUAAAAAUGGUGUGCGAAAUAAGACACGGAAAUUUUUCGAAGACAUUGUCAUUUUAUUGGAUUCAUCUGGAUCCAUCCGAUCUCGUGAAUUCAAGAAGGGGAAAUGCGCUUUAAAAUAUCUCAUUAAUGCUGAAUUACCUGACAGUUACAACAUUUACUGGGCUGGUGUUCAGUACUCUUACGACGCAACAAUUAUUUUUGAUUUCGUUCCUACUUCUCAAGCUGCAAACAAAUCUCACUCAUUUACAUAUGAGGGUCGCGCAACAAACACUGCUGAAGGCUUAAAAGGAGCAAAACAGCUAUUUGAUCGCCCAAGAAGAGGAAGUCGUCCCGGAUCAUGGAAAAAGGUAUUGCUUGUCACUGAUGGACAAUACAAUGUAAACAAAAUGCUAUCAAUGCAUAAUGCAUAUGAACUGAAACACGCUCGAGUUGAAAUCUUCGUUAUCGUUAUUGGAAAGUUCCCACGUGAUAUUGAAGAAAUUUAUAAUAUUGCUUCACCCCACCACAAGAUCAUGUUCUUAGCAUUAGAAGCUAUAGUGAUUUCAUCGAUGUAGUGCUACUUGCCAUUAAGAAAAUCAGUCCUAUUCAACAUAAAAUACUACAGAGUUUUCCACCUCCUUGUUAAAGUAUAAACAACUAAAGAAAGUGAGAACAAAAAACCAUUUGCAAUUCUUAGUUUCGACAUGAUUUAGUAAGUUAGACAAGGAAGUUGUAUACUUUUUUAGACCUUUUUUUCUGCAUGCUUAAACCUAUUAUUCUAUACCUUUUGUGUGUAUUUAGCGAUAAUAAUCAUUGUCCAGAAUUGAUACACUUUACAAGAGAAACUUUGUUUGAUGUUUGAAAGGACAUCGUUAAAUAAUAUUUAAUGCAAAAAUAGAACUUUUGCCUGGCAUUUCAAAGUUUAAAGAGAAUAGCUUUGCUCUAAUUAUUGUAGUUAAAGCAGUAUAUUUUAGCAGUAAACUGUAGUAUUCAUGUAAA